AUGGACCAGGUCAUAACGGUUUUCAAGAGCAAAAGCUUGAAGUUGCACACAACAAGGAGCUGGGAUUUUUUAGGUCUCACCGUCGACAAUGCCGGUCAUACUCCUCCACCGCAGCUCGCCUAUGGCUCCGACAUCGUCGUCGGAAUAUUUGAUACCGGAAUUUGGCCGGAAUCGGAGAGUUUUAGGGAACCGCCGGAGUCGAAACCCGUACCUCCUUCGUGGAACGGAAAAUGCGUCGGAGGGGAUGCAUUCGACCCAUCCGUACAUUGCAACCGCAAACUCAUCGGCGCUCAAUUUUACCUCAAAGGAUUCGAGGAGACGUACGGGCCGAUUAACCGUAAGCGAGAUCCAGAAUACCGAUCGCCGCGCGAUUAUCUCGGUCACGGCACGCACACAGCUUCCACCGCCGUCGGAUCUGUUGUCCGAAACGUAUCCGGCUACUCCGGUCAUGGCCGCGGCACCGCUCGCGGCGGAGCUCGGUCGGCGAGGCUAGCAGUGUACAAGACGUGCUGGGGGAAGGAUCUGGAAGGUGUUUGCACCGAAGCCGAUAUCUUGGCAGCUUUCGACGACGCGAUCCGCGACGGCGUCCACGUGAUCUCGGCGUCUUUCGGCUCAUCGCCGCCUUUAUCACCGUAUUUCGAGUCGAGCGCAGAUAUUGGAGCUUUUCACGCGGCGGAGAGAGGAAUUAGCGUGGUUUUCUCAUGCGGAAACGGUGGGCCUGAUCUUGGUGUUGUUCAGAACGUCGCUCCUUGGGCAGUUUCCGUCGCAGCUUCCACAGUGGACCGGAGUUUUCCCACCAGAAUUGUUAUCGACGGUAACUUCACUCUCACGGGUCAGAGCUUGAUUUCUAAGGAGAUUAGGGGUUCAUUAGCUGUUGCAACAUCAUAUUUCGAUGGAGGGGUUUGCAAAUGGGAGAAGUGGUUAAAGAAAUCGGCGAAUGAGAAAAUAAUUCUAUGCUUCUCUACUUUGGGACCGGUUCAGUUCAUUGAAGAAGCACAAGCUGCUGCCAUAAGAGCGAACGCAUCAGCACUAAUAUUUGCAGCCUCGCCAACAAAACAGCUCGUUGAAGAAGAGGACACGAUCCCGACAGUUCGAGUCGAUUUCCUUCGUGGCACUAGGAUCAGGAACUAUCUUGCUCGCUCUCCUACGGUUCCAAUGGUGAAGAUUGGACCGAGCGAAACGGUUAUCGGAGACAUCACAGCACCUUCUGUUGCAUAUUUCUCCUCAAGAGGACCUAGCUCACUAUCACCUCAUAUUCUCAAGCCAGAUAUUACAGCGCCCGGCGUUGGGAUAUUAGCGGCAUGGCCUUCUAAAACUCCACCUACACUAUUACCAGGAGACCACCGACCAGUUGAGUGGAACCUCCAGUCGGGAACGUCAAUGUCAUGUCCUCAUGUGGCUGGAGUUAUGGCGCUUCUCCGGUCAGCUCACCCUAAGUGGUCACCAGCUGCAAUCAGAAGCGCUAUCAUGACCACAGCAGAUACAAGAGAUACGAGCAAUGACUUGAUCCUCUCUGGUGGUUCUAUGAAGUCCAGUGACCCGUUUGACAUCGGUGCUGGGCAUAUAAACCCUUUGAAAGCCAUGGACCCUGGUCUGAUUUACGAUACAAGAACCGAAGACUACGUGCUCUUCUUAUGCAACAUUGGCUAUACGGAUCAGGAAAUUAAAUCCAUGCUUCUCCAUUCAGAGUCUUUCACAACAUGCCUUAUGUCGCACUCAUAUCGAACCAAUGCAAAUUUCAACUAUCCAUCUAUUACGAUACCAAGCCUAAUAAGUUUCGGUAAGACCGUAAAACGUACUGUAAGAAACGUUGGGACAAACAAAAACACGGUUUAUUUCGUGGACAUCGUUAGACCAGUGGGAGUAGAAGUUGUGAUAUGGCCGCGGAUUCUGGUGUUCUCGAAGUGUCAACAAGAACACUCGUAUUAUGUUACAUUCAAGCACACCAAUAUAUCCUCUGGUCGGUAUGUAUUUGGGGAGAUCAUUUGGACAGAUGGGUUUCAUCGAGUUAGAAGUCCGUUGGUUGUGUUCUUAAGCCCACCAAUAUAUCCUCUGGUCGGCUCCAAUCGUAAACAUUUGUCAUUAUAUAGGCCUGUAGUGUUUCACAUGGACAUCAUCAGUCAACUUUCGGAUGAUUUGCUCUUGCGAAUAUUGUCAUUUGUUCCGACGAAAGAUGUUGUGGCCACAAGUCUUUUGUCCAAAAGAUGGCGGUAUCUUUGGAAGUUAGUGCCACAACUUGAAUACGAUGAUAGCAAUCACAUUGGUGAUUAUAAGAUCUUCUCGCAGUAUGUUUACAGGUCUUUGCUAGCAAAUAAGGCACCCGUUGUAGAAUAUUUUCAUCUGAAUCUUGGCAUGGACUGUCCCGUUAUAGAUAUCAGCCUAUGGAUCGACACUGCAGUUAGUCGGCGUGUGCGUGAGCUGGAAAUCGAUAUUCGUUCUUGUCAAGAAGUGUGUUUUACUUUGCCGAGUAGCGUAUAUACCUCGGAAACGCUUGAGACCCUGACACUCGUCAGUUUCGUUCUUCUGAAUGUUCCUGUUAAUGUUAGUCUCCCGUCGCUCACAAGUCUUAUCCUUGAGAAUGUUGAUUACGCAGACGACCAGACUCUACCACGUCUCUUAUCCGGUUGUCCAAAUCUUGAAGAAUUGUUUGUGCAACGACAUGAUUCAGAUGAAACAAUGGACGCCACUGUCGUCGUGCCUUCCUUACAAAGAUUAACUAUGCUGGAAACACAUUCUGGAACACGUGGUCGGUAUGUGAUAGAUGUCCCUUCUUUGAAGUAUCUUAGCAUUACAGAAAAUGUGGUUUAUAACUUCCGUCAAAUUGAGAACAUGCCUGAGUUGGAAGAGGCGGAUCUUGACAUUACUCAUGGAGUUACUCAGAGGUUUCUGAGAGCUCUUACUUCUGUCCGGCGCCUUUCUCUAUCUGUAUCACUUUCAGAGGUUAUGAACCCUUCUGGUAUGAUCUUCAAUCAGCUUGUUCAUCUUGAAUUGAAUACAUAUGCUCAAGGCUGGUGGGAUCUUCUUACUCACAUGCUCCAAGAUUCCCCCAAACUAAAAACUCUCAAACUCAUCAGUAAACAUAUUUCUGGUGGUUCUGGCAAAAAUAACCCAAAUGGUUGGAAACCGCCGAGUUCUGUUCCCGAGUGUUUGUUGGGUAGUCUUGAGGAUUUUGUGUGGAAUGGGUACCAAGGGAGACAAGGAGAUAGAGGCAUUGCGACAUAUGUUAUAGAGAAUGCUGCUUGUUUGAAGACAGCCACUUUCUUUCCAAAAUCUACUGACGUGGGAAAGAAGUAUAAGAUGCUCAAGGAGUUGGCAUCUAUAGCUGCAGCUUCUACUUCGUUUCAACUUCUAUUCGACUAA